AUGGAAAUGGAGACCCCUUUGGAGUUGUUGAUCCAACGAAAGGAGAAGAUAGUUCUCCAAGUGGGCAAUCGAACUCUGUUCAAUGCUGACCAAGUCAGAUAUCUCAUCAGUGACGGCCAGCCACUAAGAGAAACGAGAGAAUGGUUCAUUCAUGUCAAAACCAAUUUCAAGGAAGAGCUUCAGAAGGACAUUAAUUCCCAUGUGUGCGUUUUCCAAGUCCCCCGAUCACUCAGCUCUGCCAAGCCUCAGGCUUAUGCCCCCCAACUCGUCGGCUUAGGACCCUAUCACCACCUUCAGCCUCAUCUCCUGGAGAUGGAGCGAGUCAAGCUUGACGUCGUGAAGAAGCUCCACAAGGAGUCCAGUGGCAUGAGCUUCAUGGAGCUCGUGAGAAAGCUCACCGAUUUGCACCUCUAUGUCCGUGCGUGUUACCACAAGUUCUUGGACAUUGAUGCUGACGUGUUGUCAUGGAUCAUGACCGUCGAUGCGCAGUUCCUGUUCCAUCUGCUCUGCCAGCAUGCCGUUGGCAAGAAAACCCUCGAGUCGUCACCUUUCUUGGGGGUCCUAGCCGACCACGCGGGCAAGAAGCUCGCGGAGGAUGCCAUAUUGAGGGACGUCAUGAUGUUGGAGAACCAAAUCCCGAUAUUCUUUCUGGCGAAGAUGGUGACGGUCGCGUGCUCACCACUAGAAGUCACCGAGCAGAAGAAGAUCGAAGAGAACUUCCCCCACAUGCUGGUGGGGUUUUGCAAAUUUCUCUCGCCGCUCAAAGAGACGAGGCGGUACCAGGUUGACAAAACUUUGAAGCGCGCGCAUUUGUUGGAUCUUCUUUACAGUAUGGUCGUGGAGAGAGAGGACGAAUUCAAGAUCGAUAUACCAGCUAACAUCAUCCUAAUCGAAGAAGAUAAGACCGGUGCUGUACCUACGUCUAAUGAUAGCAGGCGAACUGCUCCUCAACACCUUGUGUCUAUGACAGAGAACGUGCUCGGCCUUUUACAGUCACCGAAUUUACCUUUCACGGAGAAAAUUAGACCCCAUGCUAUGAUGGUGCAAGGCAUUAUGAGAAUCCUUUCUCAGCAAAUUGGACCUUCUGUCCUCGAUUCAUUCGGCUACGAAGAAGCACCUGCUGAAGAGAAGGGAUUGAUUUCAAGAGCGUCCUCUCUCGCCAAAGCGGGCGUAAAAUUCCGCAAAACGGAUUACAUAGAAGAGACGUCGUUUGAUGAGAAAACGCACACAUUUCAACUUCCCGCGAUCAAACUCAGCGUCAACUCGGAAGUCGUGAUUCGGAACUUGGUGGCGUAUGAGGCGAUGGCGACCUCCGGUCCCUUGUUGUUCACUCGCUUCGUGGAGCUAAUGGACGGCCUACUCGACACCCCGCAUGACGUGAGGUUGCUCAAGAAACACGGCAUCAUCACGGGCCAUCUCAAGGACGGCGAAGUGGCACGUCUAUUCAACGGUAUGAGCCACUCUAUCGAUGGGCACUGCCCUUCCCAACUGGACAAGACGAUCAAGAAAGUCAACGAGUUCUACCACGCUGCGCCGAAGAUCAAGACCCAGAAUAUGAUAGAGCGAUACGUGUAUAACUUUUGGAAGUUCCUGGCGAUGGUAACAAUGGCGGGGAUCAUCAAUUUUGAUGAGCAACAUCUGAAAAUGUAUUCUUGUGUGUUGGUUAUGUACCAAUUGUGA